AUGGCGAAUUUGGAACCCAUCGCGCUUUUAGACCGCAUCUUGGCUAUUGGCGAAGCAAAACUGGAACGUAAGAACAUUUCUUUAAUCCACGAGUUGUUGAUUAUCAACGUUUGCAAUGCAGCACACAGACUUAAGCAAAGGCUUGCAGCUGCAGAGGAAGACCAAAUGCCAGAAGAAGCUCCAUCAGUCGCACCAGAGCCUCAGCAACAACAGGAACAAGAGCCAGAACAACAAUCUCAGCCUCAAAUCGCGUCAAAUGAAGACGACGACUUCAUCCCUUAUGAUGAAGACACUGAUGUAUCUUACUCCUCUUCUGUUGAUGGAUUUGCCAGUGACGAAGAGCUUUCAUCUCUAGCUUCAUUGGGCAACGAAUAUGAAUACAGUUACGCUCUUUACGCAGCAAUUGAUGAGGACGUCGGUCAUCAAAACCAAUCUGCCUCCUCCAAUCAAGACGAUGUUCCUGAAACACUUAACUCUGAUGAUCCUGACUAUCUAUUAUCAAAUGAAACUCAUGGACCAGAAUCAGAGUACAAUGAUUUGGCUUCAUUGACACCUACUGCUUCGCAUCUCAAUGAUACUAUCUACGAAACAUCUGCUGAAAAGGACGGAUCAAGCUAUGAAAUCUGCAACACUGCCAACAAUGCCAACACUGCCAACAAUGCCAACACUGCCAACAAUGCCAACAAUACCAACAAUACCUACAAUCGUUUGGAAUGUACAAACAAUGUCGCCAUAGUCAACUCUCUUGAUGUGUCUGCCACCUCUACAGCUAUCCCAAGUACCUCCAUCUCAGCUUCAACGGAUUUAAUCUCUGGCAAUUCAUUCCGUACGGCCAGCUCAUCUACUCCUUUAUCAACUGCUACAUCCAAUGCUGCAAGUGUCGCUAAUGAGAACAAAGAAAACAAGCAAGCUUACUCAAGCCGUUUGAAACGCAAGCAUGGUUGCAGCUUUGACGGGGCUGAUAUGCCUGGAAAUGCACCAAAGCAACGAAAGCUGGGAGAAACUAUGUCAGUGAACGAUUCAAGCACCAUCGAAGUCAACAAAGCUCAAGGUACUGCAUCCUAUCCAAGAAUUAGCUUGAGUAGUCUUGAUAACCAAUCCACACCUCGAGUCAACGAACAAUCUGAUGCUGCUAGCCGAUGUAUUGCUCAAGCCAGUACUUUGCAAGUUAUUGAAAAUUGGCCCGUCUACAAUAUCAACCUUACAACAAAUAUUCAGGAACAACCUCUUUUAGCAAACACCAGUGAGACACCUUGCAAAGAAGCCUCCAUUGUUGAAGCUGCACCUCAACCAAUUAUUCAACAAACUACCAACAUUGUUUCUACUGCAGCAGCUCCAAAGUAUACGACUGUCUCCAUCCUUGGUAAGAAACGAACUCGCCAUGAGAGGGAUGAAUACGAUUUCUACUCUGAUUAUCACCAACCUGAAGCAAAAAGAUUAUUUAACGAGCUUCUCUCCAUGGACCCCUUUUAA